CGUUCAGGAAGCAUUUCGACCAGCAAAAGUCGCGUGCUAGUGUACCCUGGCCCUAGCAAUUAUACCUCUGCACUACCACCCGAAAACACCAUCCUCGCCUGUAUUGCACAUCGCCGACCUUUCGAGACGACAAUCCACAGCUCUGCCGAGCACCUUCGGCUCAGCAUGACCUUUGCAUCUUCUUCCACCAAAGUUUGCGUCCGAUGCGCCUCUCCCAUCGCAGGACCAUCUUCAAAGGCGGAGCAGCGCAGGUCGAUGCUCGUGGCAUCGCCAUCGGGUACUUUGGUCAAUGAAGAACCGAUCCCCUCGAAGCUCCCCCAGGAAGACGAACAGCUUAGCCGUGGCCCUCCAAAACCAUCGCCCGUGCAGCGUCAAAUAGUCAACUUAGAGAUGUGCAAUAAAAUCGAGAAGCUUGUACCGGUCGCUACAAAGGAGGAAUAUGAGAGGUACUCCCGUGGAAUCACGUACGAGAGAGGGUAUCACCCCUGUAUCAUUCCCUCGCUCACUACCUCUUUCGAUGGCCCGUGUAACCCUCCAGAUUGGACGACCCACGUACACCCCGAAGGAUCGCGCUACUUUGUGAAAAAGACACAGCUUCCCGCACCACCCCACGUUCCUCUCUUCACCGUCGUGACCGAAGCCCGCGUGGAUGAAGCCGAAGACCUUGAGUACAUCGAAUAUUACAACUCCAAAAUCACGGCCUUCAUCGUCACAAACGAGGUGAACCUCCCGCCCAAUACAUUUUUGGUGUUGGAGCGCCGGACAUCUGGGAAUUGCGGAUACUACUUUGUGGACCAUGGAAACCAGUGCCUCUUCUGGUUGGACUCGUUUGACUUUACACACCUCGUGGAUCAGGUUCGGAUACGACACACUGCAUCAUUGGUUGGCUUGCAAAUGCGGUCGCAUUACUGGUACCACAACGAGCUGUUCCCCCACCUUUACACCUUGACGGAGGAAGACUUGGAUGUAAUAGAGGAUAUGUUGGCUCAUGCAAUAGGGGACGUUGCAACGUCCAAUACGUCUACGAUCAAUUAUGACAUAGAAACCCUCAAGUUGAUGCAUUCCAGCGUACAGCAGUUCCGGUACAAAGGGAAAGAAACACGUUCAAGAUCUCCUGGCGCUGCAUGUUUUAUCUUCAGAAUGUACUCAUCGCUGUAUUCUGAGCGAUUUAUCUGCCUUCACGGCGAAAAGGGAGCAAGACUCGAGAGCAAUCAAUCCAUCUACGGUGUCUGGCGUCGGUCCUGGUUCCUCAAGAUUCUGGCAACUGUUAUGGCUUUCGGGCCUAGUAUGCACUUUCGGCGACUCAAGGCCGUCACUGUCGAUUCAAUUGUGAGCAAGCAUGCCUGGUCAAAAUGCCGGUCAAAGUUGCUGGAAGAAUGGCGGGACGUGAUUCUCUAUGCCACGGUCGUCCUUACGGCCAACGUAUCCUUCCUAACGAUUCAAAGCGUGGACGACGAAGGUGUGGAGUUAGGGCAUCGAACCCACGCACAGCGCGCCAGUGACUUCUCCAUCGUGAUGAGUAUGGGAACUAUUAUAUUUGGAUUGUUCCUGCUAAUACAGCACCGGGAAUCCAUGAAUAUGCGCUUUAUCGCCAAUAGGAGUGCAUCGAGACUGGGAUUGGAAACGUUGGCAGUGCUGUACAGCUUGCCAUACGCGAUGCUCAUGUGGUCGAUGAUCUCAUUCUUUGUUUCCUUCUGCAUCCUCUGGUACAAGUCCAACGAUCGGACUGUGAUGAUCAUCGUUUCGGUGACCUGCGGUGUUGUGGUGCUGCUGUUGCUUUGGGGCAUCAGUGCUUCAUUUGAGAAACAUCCCUACUGGAGUUUUGCCUCCUUCUUCUCGAGAGAGAAGCCGAAGACGCCCUGGAAGACCCCGAGUGUGCUGGACAUAGCCAUCGAUAGUCCGACAGUCGUGAAGGAUGAGGAGAGGAUAGAAGAGAAGGUUGGGAGGCAGAAGGCACCACAAAGAGCGGAUUCGACUGCUUCGGUCGAGACGACUGCUUCACAACUGCAAGGGGAAAGAUGA